AUGUCGAACUCUCAACAAGUCCACUCGGUCAGCGGCCAAAGCCAAGAAUCUCUUGACGACGCCGAGAAGGGCAUAUACGAUAGCACACUGGUAUUGACGGCACCUCCUCCAUUUGUCUAUACAAGCCAAGGACGAUCGACACAUCCCAGCCUUCUAUUAUCACCUGUAUCGCCAGUUCACGAAGGAAUCACACCCUGCACAAGCGUACCAGAGCUAGCACUUUCAAAACCAUCGAAGAGCGAAGUUAGUCAUGUUGAGGUGGUUGAAGAACCUGUCAAGAAACCAGCACCAAUAAAACCAAAGAUCAGUCGGUGGAUACUGUUUGAGCUAUGGUUCAACGUAUACCGGAGAUUCUUCACCUUUGUUAUUCUGUUCAAUUUCGUUGGCAUCGUCUUGGCUGCGACUGGUCGAUUCAAGUAUGCAGAGAACCACCUCGGUGCGUUGGUUUUGGGUAACCUCCUGUGCGCUAUCCUGAUGCGCAACGAGCUCUUCGUUCGCUUCCUGUAUAUGUUAGCCAUAUAUGGGCUUCGAAGUUGGGCUCCAUUGCGUGUCAAGCUAGCAGUAAAUUCUGUGUUGCAGCAUCUAGGAGGUGUUCACUCGGGUUGUGCACUUUCCGGCGCAGCUUGGCUGGUAUACAAGAUCGUCGACAUAAUACGAUACCGAGCUGUCCAGCAUCCGGCUGUUAUUGCAAGUGGUAUUGUCACAAAUAUUUUCAUCAUCAUCUCUGUUUUGAGUGCCUUUCCGUGGGUGCGCAAUACCUAUCAUAAUGCCUUUGAGAAACAUCAUAGGUUCAUUGGGUGGCUGGGACUUGCUAUGACCUGGGUUUUCGUGAUCAUGGGUAACACUUAUGACAUCAAACGCGGCGAGUGGAGAACAGACACCCAUUCCCUACUCAGUGCACAAGAACUAUGGUUCGCUGUCUUCAUGACAGUCUUUGUCCUCAUCCCUUGGGUAACUCUGCGUGAAGUCCCGGUCGAAGUGGAAAUUCCGUCACCAAAAGUGGCAGUUCUCAAGUUCGAGCGCGGCAUGCAGCAAGGUCUUCUAGGGCGCAUUAGUCGCACUUCGAUCAUGGAGUAUCACGCCUUUGGGAUCAUCAGCGAGGGUCGAAAAGCUACGCACCACUACAUGAUCUGCGGUGUGCAAGGCGACUUCACAAGGAAUCUCGUUGCCAACCCCCCGAAGACUGUCUGGACAAGGCAAUUGAAGUUCGCUGGCGUCGGCCACGCCUCCGCCAUGUACAAGCGCGGUAUCCGCAUCUGCACAGGAACUGGAAUCGGCGCUGCACUCUCAACAUGCAUUCAAAGUUCCGACUGGUUCUUAAUCUGGAUCGGCUCUGACCAAGAACGUACAUUCGGACCUACCAUUACAGGGCUGAUCAAGAAGCACAUUGAGCCCGAAAGGAUGAUCUUGUGGGACUCGAAGAAGAGAGGUGGAAGACCAGAUAGUGUGCAGCUGUUGAAGGAUACUUGGAAGAGCUUUGGGGCUGAGGUCAUCUUCAUCACAAGUAAUAUGCAGGGUAAUGAUGAGAUGAUGCAGGGGUGCCGGGCGGCGGGUUUGCACGCGUUUGGGACAUUGUGGGAUUUCUGA